AUGUUCUUCAGACGCCGCUCCUCCCGCGCAAAUAGCUACGUGGACAACGACGCACCCGCCCGCGCCCAGUCCCUCGACGAGUACACGGAGAAGCGCCCCGACUCCAGCCGCACACAGCCCACGCAGCAGUCCUCGGUCGCGGUUGACGACAGCGACAUGUAUCCCCGCCCGCAGCAGCCCCAGGAGACGACGCUGCCGACGCGCCAGCCCAUGGCGAACGGCCACGGCCACGGCAUGCCGCCCUCGAUGGGCCAGUCGGCGCCGUCGCUCAACGGCGGCGGUGCGGCCGCCAUGCCCGAUCUGCUGACGCAAGCCUUCAACCAGGCCAUGCGCCCGUACCUGGAGAAGAUUGACCACCUCGAGAGCCAGCUGGCCGAGCAGCAGGCCUGGAUCUCGCAGCUCGAGAACCAGCGCACCGAGAUGUUCCACUGGAUCGACAAGCGCGGCCUGCGACCUGACGUGCCCGACACCCUCGCCAAGAUCAUGGAUACGACGACGCCCGACGCUGCCCUCACCCUCAACGCCCAGCUCGACCGCAAAAUCACCAUUGUCAACUUCGACCUGCACCGUCUGCAGGACGACCUCAACGACUCCAUCUCCUCGUCGCACUUUGCCUCAGCCAUGCUCAAGUUCCUCCCCGACGUGCAGCGCCUGGCCCAGCUGCCCACGGGCCCGCGCUACGCCUUCGAUCUGCUGCUCAAGCUCGGCGGCAAUCUCAACUCACAUGGUGGUCUCGAUGGCGCCGAGCCAGGCGACAUCGAGGCGCGCCGCGACUUCUACUCGCGCCUGGACCUGGGCAUGGUCGAUGUUGUCAGCCGCCGCUUCGGCGAGGGCGAGGACUGGAACGUGCAGCGCGAGAUCAAGCGCAUUGAGAAGACGGCCCACCACCUCAAGGGCUUUGGCGUCGAGCCAUACUUCCCCCAGACUCUGGACCUGAUGAAGCGCGAGCUGGAGUUCCAGGGCCCCAAUGGCGCGCAGGCAAACGGCCAGAGGUCGCCCCCGCGGUACCAUUAG